CAACUUAAAGAAUCACCAAUAUCUCCAACUAUUUGGGCAAGGAGUUUUACCUUUUUAAAAACAAAUUUAACCUUGGGGACAGAUUUGCAGUUUCGCACGCUGCGUGUUCUCUAGGCUGGCGCCUCGGAAUCUGCGUGCAGGAGAGCUGGCUUUGGGCUGCGUUUGGGUAGGGUUAGGGGACACGGUGGCCGGGAAACAGACGAGCAGUUGCAGGCUCACAGGGCGGCACGCAAGGUCGUUGGCUUCCUCGCAACCUGUUCCCUGACUCGCUGUGAUGUUACGGGUCCGUUUCGAGUUUGCAGUUAACAUACCCAGCAUGGCUCUGUCUUUUGUUGCAUUUCCUGCACUAUUAUCCAGGUUUUGGCGUUUCCCCCUCCCCAGUUUUGGCAUCUCAUGACUUACAGAAUGUCCCUGAUCCUCACGUGGUGGCUCCGAGAUGGGUGAUAAAGAAGAUGGGGCGACGGCAAGGAUGAAGAAACCCUGCACGUGUGAGCCAAGCGGAUGAGUGAAACUACAACGCAGAUCUUUGCUUAAAAUCAGUCAGCAGGAAACUCCCCCCCAUGCUAAGCGUGGAUGUGCGUGGGAGCGAAGAAAGACAGGCUGUGCCUGUAUUUUCCAAAUUUUAAAAGUUAGUGUAUUAAUGACACGCUGAAAAAUACCAUUUAAAGACUGAAGCAGUGCUGUAAUAUGGUAGACUAAGCUAUCUGGACCAGUCCUCCCAUUCAAACUAGAAAAGGAUGGAUAAAUGUUGAAAUGAGUCUUCUUAAAGGCAUCAGAAGGGUCACAAGGAGUAGAGAAUCACCAAAUCGGAGCCUAACGGGAGGUACAUACAGAAAGAAAACUGAGUAGAGGCUGGGCUCCGAGACGGCUUUUGCUUCCGGCAUGGGCAAGUUGCCAUGUUUGACUUGGGUUUGACAGCCUCGAAGGGCAAGGAGAAAGCUCAGCAAAUCCACAGCUGUCCCAGGUGGGGGCUACAGGGCCAUUCCCUGCAGAUGAAGCUGAGGUGCCUGAGCUGUGCCUGAGGAUGAGGGUGCAGCAGAAGUAAGCCUGCUGCCCAGAACGCCGGGAACAGAGAAAGUCACCCCAGUGCCGAGCGGGGUAUGUGGGAAGGCAAGGUCCCUGAGAUACUGUAACCACAUCCAGGCUUUCCUUGGAUUCUCAGCCUCAAUUUACAUCACCUGGGUUGUCCAAAAGAAACUUAAGACACUAAUCUGGACUCAGGAUGUCAUGAGCUGGCAGUGUCCGAGGCUGUCUGGCAGAAGCAAAAGCAAUUACCCUUGGGAAAAAGAUGCUUUCGCUGAAAUCUUUCAAAGGUUAUUCACAAGCAGUUCUUCAAGGAUACGAGCAGCGUCACUGCAGCACGGACUGAUGAACAUACAUUAUUUAAGGACAAGACCAGCUUGAAAACAUCUUCAGGGAACUGAAAGCUAUAAAAGUGAUCCAGCAGAUUUGAGAAAAAUUGAACCUCUGAAAAUUACUCAUCAUAAUAAAAAAUUAUAUGGACAAGUGAGACAGAUGUGAUGGGGCUGAGCAAAGAAUCCAUGAACCAGCAGAUAAACCAGGAGGAAUUAUCUAGAAUGCAGCAUAGAGGGACAAACAGAGGGAGAAUGGAGAAGAGAGGUUAAGAGACCCAGAAGAGAGAGACGAGGGGGCAACAGCAUCCUCUGAAGAGAGGAUGACAGAGAAAUCCCAGACCUGUAAGGCCACCACACACAGCCUCACGAGGACCAGCAAUUCCCAAGCAAAGUGAAUACAAAGAAAUAAAUAUCUAAACAUAUCUUAGUGAAACUAAGAUGAAGGAAAAACCCGCAAAAGCAGGUGGAGAAAAAAUAUUACUCUCCAGAAAGAUCUUUAGAAAAUCUCCAAAUAUCUGGAAACGAAAUAACACACUUCUAAGUAGCCCAAGGGUCAAAGAAGAAAUCAAAAAGGGAAUCAGGAAGUGUCUUGAACUGAAUGAAAAUCAAAAUAACAUAUUAAAAUUUGUAGGAUGCAGCUGAAGCAGAAUUAAAGGGACGUGGAGAGCACUGAAUUCUGAGAUCCCUCAAAUCAAUGAAUUGGAUUAGAAAUAAAUAACAGAAAGAUCUCCAAGUGUUGGGAAAUUAAACAGCACACUUUGACCCCAAAGAGGAGAAAGUUUUGCUUUCAGCCACGAUGGAGCAGAGAGACUGGGUUUCCCCCUUUCCCCUCAGAUGUCUAUUAAACUGGACAAAAUACAUGAAACAAAGGUUUUGAUGUCACUCCCUCCCUUGCCUUCCCUCUUCCCUUUCUCCCCACAUCCUCUCCUUCUGUACUUAUUCCCUGCUUCAUUUCACAGAGCAUUUGAGGAAUGUCAUCAUGUUGAUCUCAUUAGAAGAAAACCUCCUUGAAGCUGGUGUCUGGGUCUUCUGUUUUCUGUCUCAUGUGUCCCGGUACAACAUCCCCGCGUUGUGGUAACCAAUUCAUGUUGUUAAAUGAAAUGAUCGUCAGCCAGUUCAAAACUGUGACCCCACUUUGCAGCACAGAGAAUCUCUUAAAUUUGUAUUUUGCUUUUUACUUUUCUAAGCUUUUUAAAUUUCACUUGAUUCUCUCAAGAGUUCUGUGUAGUAGGUGGGCGGGUUUAAUAUGAUCACUUUCCAGGUGGGAAAGUACAAAGACCCACUGCAUCUAUAGCAUACUUGGGAGAUCUCUCCAAUUACACUGAUUAUUUGUGGUGAGGGUAAUUAGAUGUUAGGUGCAUUGUUAAUAUUUUUUUUCUCUUCUACAUUUCAACUUGAGGACAGCAGAGGGCGCCUGACCACACAAAAGGAGGACCUCGAAGCCCUCAUAGCCCACUUCCAGGCUCUCGAUGCCAGAAAGACUCGGAUCGUGGAGACACCCUGCUCCCCACCUUCUCCAAGGAAGAACGGGAGUGAGGCAGCUCAGCUUCAUUGUCGUGGAGAAACACGGUUAAAUGCCUCACUCUCUGCUCAUCCUGAGAAAGAAGAAUUAAUCCUUUUCGGAGGUGAAUAUUUCAAUGGCCAAAAAACUUUUGUAUACAAUGAACUCUACGUCUACAACAUCAGGAAGGACGCCUGGACUAAAGUCGAAAUCCCCAACCCACCUCCGAGGCGUUGUGCUCACCAGGCUGUGGUGGUGCCCCAGGGCGGCGGACAGCUGUGGAUCUUUGGCGGGGAGUUUGCCUCUCCCGACGGAGAGCACUUCUACCACUACAGGGACCUCUGGGUCCUGCAUUUGGCCACCAGGACGUGGGAGCAAGUCAGAUCACCAGGCGGUCCUUCAGGACGGAGUGGACAUCGGAUGGUGGCCUGGAAGAGACAGUUAAUCCUUUUUGGUGGCUUCCAUGAGAGUACAAGAGAUUACAUCUAUUACAAUGACCUGUAUGCCUUCAACCUGGACGCUUUCACGUGGAGCAGGCUGUCCCCGUCCGGGACUGGGCCCACACCCAGGUCAGGCUGCCAGAUGACCGUCACCGCCCAGGGCAGCAUCGUCAUCUACGGGGGCUACUCGAAGCAGAGAGUCAGGAAAGAUGUGGACAGAGGUACCCAGCACUCCGACAUGUUCCUGCUGAAGGCUGAGGAGGGAAGAGAAGGCAGAUGGGCCUGGACUCGGGUCAACCCUUCCGGAGCCAAGCCCACCCCAAGGUCCGGCUUCUCGGUGGCUGUGGCCCCGAACCAUCAGACGCUGCUGUUUGGGGGUGUGUGUGACGACGAGGAGGACGAGAGCCUGGAGGGCCACUUCCUCAGCGACCUGCACUUCUACGACCCCGUCAGGAACCGCUGGUUCGCGGGGCAGCUGAAGGGGCCCAAGGUGGAGAAGAGGAGGCGCAGGCGGGGCAGAAGAGGGGAGCCCGGGGAUUCCAGCAAGCAGGAACUGAAGGGGACCCGGGCCCAGGAGCCCCUGCAGGUGGCCAGAGAGCUGGUGGCAGAGGACGGGACCACGGCCACCAUCCAGCAGGGGCUCGCUGCCCGGGGCCCUGCGGGACAGCCCGAGUCUGACGACAGCGACGAUGGCCCCAGCGAGGCGGGGGUCCCUGCGGUGGAGCCGAGCGCCCGCUCCAGCGCCAUGCUGGCCGUGAAGCACGGGCGCCUCUACCUCUAUGGGGGCAUGUUUGAGGCUGGCGACCGCCAGGUCACCCUCAGCGACCUGUACUGCCUCGACCUCCACAAGAUGGAGGAGUGGACCGUCCUGGUGGAGAUGGAUCCAGAAUCUCAGGAGUGGCUGGAGGAGACGGACUCGGAGGAGGACAGCGACGAGGUCAAUGGUGCCGAGGGCGGCGGGGAGAGUGAAGAGGACGAGGACAGCGGCGAGGAGGCCAGGGAGCAACGCCCCUCGGCGGCGCCCGGUGAGCCGUUCGCAGACUCCCUGCCCAGGACCAAGCAGUAGUGGGCGAAGCUGGCGUGGACGACGCCGGGCCCCGGAGAGGAGAGCGCUGAGAGCCGCCCGGGCCGUGGCCGCGGCUUUCUCUGAUGACUCGGCCUCAGCCGCACACCCGCCAGAGCCUAGACUGAGGGGGUGGGGUUCCCUGCCCUCAGCGCGCUGCGUGCGGUUUAAAAUAAACUGGACUUGGCAGGGGGCUGCUGCCGCGAGGGUGGUCUUUUGUGCAGCCUCCAGGCCCCGGUGGUUCUGGCGGGGCCUCGGGCUGGGUCGGGCCGAGCUGAUGGUGAGGGGGAGCCGCCUACACGGCAGGCGGCACCUUGAUCAUGAAGUGGAACGCUGCGGGCUUUGCGGGGUUCCCCUCUGCAAAACUAGGAGACGGGUUCUGCCCGCCUGCACGUUCAGCCGACUCCUUCCUUUUUAAAACUGAUCGGUGGCCGCCCACCGCCUCCUGUACGCGUUUUCUCGGUUGUCUGGAGAAUAAAGCCUGUUGUGGGCUGGUCUGCUCGCUCUGCCA